AUGAAGUUCCUGCUUUGGCUUACCGCCGUCCAUGUUGCGCAGGCCGCGGGAAGACAUGGGCGAAUGAAGAAGAGACAGGCGAUUGAGGCUGAAGUUGACGGAGCUGUCAAUGCUGCCAAACUGAGGCUGUCUUAUAUCACCGAGACCACCACCGAAAGAGUGACCGAGACACAAAUCAGGACCAUCUUGCAGACUCCUGCGGCUAUAGCUCCUGCUGCCGCUGAAGCUGUUACUGUUACCAUCAACGCCGAGCCUGUGACUGUCACCGAAACCAAGACCGAAGUUGUCAACCAAGUCGAUACCCAAUAUGUCACUCAGGUCCAGGUCGAGACUCAAUUCGUUACCCAGGUCGACGUGCAGAUUGUUACCGAAGUGGCGCCACCACUUCCCGCCGUUACUAUCAAGGAGCCAAUUACCGUCAUCGAGGUUGAGCCUCUCACUAUUCACAGUGUCAUCACCGAGACGGUGAACAUUCCUGGAGAAGCACCACUUCCCGUCACUGUUACUGUUCCUGGCGAGGCACCCGCCGCCGUUACCGUGACCGUUCCAGGCGGAGGACCCGACGCCAUCACUAUUAUCCACACCGUGGAGGCCCCCCAAGCUCCCAGCGCUCCUGUUGGACAAGCCCCUGGACCUGGCGUCACUACAAUCCCGAUUCCCGAGAGCGCCCUGCCCAAGACGACACUCGCAUCAGACCCUUAUGCUGUUACUGGACCCAUCAGGACCGAGAGCAUCACCCCUAAGCUCCCUACCAGUGCCCUCGAUGCGCCCAUUGCUGGGCCUUCCACCAGCCCGGCAGACCAACCCGUCGUACAGCCCGCUCCGGCACCCCCGACCAGCGCUGCCGAAGAGCCUGUAGCCCAGCCUUCCACCACUGCCAUCGAGCAGCCCGUGGUACAGCCCUCUACCACGGCUGUCGAGCAGCCCGCGACUACUUCUGCCGAAGAGCCCGCUGCUGAGCCUACUUCCAGCCAAGCAGAGCCUUCCGCCGAACCAACCCCUACUCAGGAGGAACCCGAAGAGGAGAAGCCUACCAUGUCUCCUUCGAUGGAGCUCGGUAACAUGGGACCUGACACCACAGGAGCUAUCGCAGCACCUAUCCUUGAUGGAACCAGUCCCACGACAACAGGAAAGGCGCCUUCUCAGACACGAACUCCCGUCGAUCUCUCCGAUCCCUCGAAACUGAGCAGUGUUCUUGACUUGGGUAACUUGGGUGGAGGAUCAGGACCCCUCAAGGCUCGUGCCACGGGUUCCCCAUGA